GCCAUUGGCGGCCUCCUGAGUCCGAGCUCGGCGGUACUUACACCCCGAUCCCCCUCCGCGGUGAUUGAUCCUGAUCACUUCUCGCCGACUGCAUACGACAGGUGGCGUCGAAUUUGUACAAAGAUUGUAGCGUAUGGCGUCACUUGUAACCUCACACGCUAUGCAUCCUUCAGCAGAUGAUGAUGAGACGUGGCGCGACAACUUGCAACUACCAACUAAGGACACUCGAUACCAAACUGAAGAUGUAACUCUAACGCGAGGGCAGGAAUUUGAGGACUACUUUCUGAAGCGCGAGCUCUUGAUGGGCAUAUUUGAGAAGGGGUUUGAGCGACCCUCGCCUGUCCAGGAGAGAGCGAUUCCGAUUAUACUCCAGAACCGAAACGUUCUCGCACGUGCUAAGAAUGGGACUGGCAAGACUGCAGCGUUCAUUAUUCCCUGCCUCGAGAAAACAGACCCCUCGAAAAAAUUUAUACAAGUGCUCAUCCUAAUCCCAACUCGGGAACUUGCACUUCAAACAUCAGCUGUAGUCCGUGAACUUGGGAAACACAUGAAAGUUGAGUGCAUGGUAUCCACUGGUGGGACCUCCCUGAAGGAUGACAUUAUGCGUCUAUACAAGCCUGUCCACGUACUUGUCGGCACGCCAGGGCGCAUUCUUGACUUAUCAGAGAAGGGCGUCGCAGCAUUGGGUCGCUGCCAUACGGUCAUUAUGGAUGAAGCUGACAAGCUGCUUUCGCCGGAGUUUGAGCCCCUCCUGGAAAAACUCGUGCACCACUGCUCCCCCGAGCGCCAGAUCUGUCUCUUUUCAGCGACGUUCCCUGUUACGGUGAAAAAUUUCAAGGAAAAAUUCAUCCACAAUCCCUACGAAAUUAAUCUCAUGGAUGAUCUCACGCUAAAAGGCAUAACCCAGUUUUAUGCUUUUGUUGAGGAAAGACAAAAGGUGCAUUGCCUACAUACACUAUUCACCAAGCUUGAGAUUAAUCAGUCAGUCAUUUUUUGCAACUCAGUCAACCGUGUGGAAUUACUCGCCAAAAAGAUCACCGAACUCGGCUACUCGUGCUUUUACAUCCACGCUAAGAUGCAGCAAUCGCAUCGUAAUCGCGUCUUCCACGAGUUCCGCAAUGGCUCUACUCGUCACCUCGUUUCCUCCGACCUCUUCACACGUGGUAUUGACAUUCAGUCCGUUAAUGUUGUCAUCAAUUUUGACUUUCCAAAGACGUCUGAAACCUAUCUGCAUCGCAUUGGGCGUGCAGGUCGCUUCGGGCAUCUCGGCCUCGCCAUCAAUCUCAUCACUUUUGACGAUCGCUUCAAUUUAUAUCGUAUUGAAUCCGAGCUUGCCACAGAAAUAAAGCCCAUUCCGCCAACAAUCGAACGUGAGUUAUACUGUCGUUAAGCUGGACACUACAUAAGCCAAUCUUAUUGCAUUUUAUUUCGAUGUGCAUAACUUGGAGAGUACUUGGAAGUAGCAACGUUCGUCAUGGGACCUCGGGGCCGCUCGUGACCUCCACGCUCAAGAUAUUCGAUCGCUGGCAUGAGGUCUAGGGUCCUCUUCCCUAUCUAUAGGCCAGUCUGGGGCAGUCGAUCACGCUCACUUAGCGAUGUUUGACUUGCUUCAGACUUCUUGGCCAAGGGGACAAGGAAAGACAACACCAAGCUGGGCAAUCGGGAAAUGGCCCUCUUAUAGGAUGGGUUUGUGGUGGGUGCGCCUUCCCGCUAGGGGUUAACGCCAGUUCCUGUGC